CACCAAUGGAAACCCAUAUCAGAGCAACUACUCAACUACUAGUCACUGAAGAUAGAAUCAUACAGUAGAUAUUGCCAUUAGGAGUCAGUUAGAAAGGUAAUCAUACAGUAGAUAUUACCAUUAGGAGUCAGUUAGAAAGGUAAUCGUUAGUUAAUACUAUAAGUAAAAAUCAUAUAUACUACAAUAAAAGGUCAGAGACUGAAUUAGCUGAUUAAUUGAUUGGGGUAAUCAUUGAUAUUUCGUACAGUUAGUAAAGAUGGCCAACUACGUCAACAAACAGAUGAUUGAAUUAAACAAAGUUAAUGAAGAAAACCAUAACAGAGCAACGAGGAGCGUGAAGACUGAGACCCAUCUCUUGGGUACAAAGAAUGAUCUUCCUCUCUCACACAGGCAGAUGCAGACAGAUGGAAGACUCUACAGGCUGGCUGCUGUGUGUUUUGGAGUGCUGUGUGUUCUACAAGUCAUUCUCAACAUCUCCCUGAGACUGGCUUUCUAUAACAGAGGCAACGUAACUGCAUCAAAAUACCUGCUACAGACCAGUUACAACACCCUGAGUGAAGAGGGAGACCAGCUACAGACCAGUAACAACACUCUGAAUGAAGAGAGAGACCAGCUACAGACCAGUUACAACACCCUGACUAAAGAGAGAGACCAGCUACAGACCAGUUACAACACCCUGACUGAAGAGAGAGACCAGCUACAGACCAGUUACAACACCCUGACUGAAGAGAGAGACCAGCUACAGACCAGUUUCAAAACCCUGACUAAAGACAUACACCAGCAAUAUAGGGAGAACAAUGAUCUCAUGUCAAAGUUCUCUAUUCUGAAACAAACGUGUCCUGAAGGCUGGCAGAAGUUUGAAUCCAGUUGGUACUUCCUGUCUACUGUGAAAAAACCCUGGGAAGAGAGCAGAGAGGACUGUCUGGAGAGAGGAGCAGACAUGGUUAUCAUAAACAGUGAUAUGGAACAGAAGUUUAUCUGUGGCCUCAAUAAGAGAGCCUGGAUUGGUCUGACUGACUCUGUUACUGAGGGGACCUGGAAGUGGGUGGACGGCACCCCACUGACCACCCCAAGUUACUGGCACUCACAGCAACCUGAUAAUGGUGGUGACAACCCAGCAAAUCAGGAGAAGGACUGUGUUGAGCUGAACACAGUAACAUGGCAUCCUGUAAAGGCGUGGAAUGACCUGUCAUGUUUACACAAUCGUUACUGGAUUUGUGAGAAAGGGGUUUAACAACACCAUGACUUCAGAGGAGGCUGGUGGGAGGACGCGCACAUAUACAGCACCCUAUGCUGCACACAACUUCAUUCUCUCUCUAAGACACAGACACACCAACACACUGUAAGUACUGUACUGGGGGGCAAAACAACCUGAUUAUGGUGGUGUACCAAGAUAUACUGUAACUAGGACUGUGCUGAUGUUAAUAUUGGGUAUUCUGUAUAAAUAUUCUGACAUAUCAUUUACCUCUCAACAUAACUGGAUUUGUGAAGAGUUAUACAGUAGCUCAUGAUAUAGUAGUGCUACAGUGCUAAUGCAUCUCUCUCUAGUUAAACAGUUUGUAGACAUACUGUCAUCUGUAAAAUGCUUGUAUUCACUGUUUUAAUCAGAAACACGAUAUGUGAUUUGCCAUAGGCUUGUGCUUUUUUCAUAAUCAAUUAUUAGCAUACAUUUUUUUAGUAAAAUGUACUAAGGCUCAGAUUAAGUUAGAAGGAACCUAGCAGGUUUACCAGCUUCCUGAUUGAAUGUGAUUGGAUUGUUAAAACAAUGUGACUUGCAGUUGGACACAGACGGAAGGCAGAACAGUACUGAGAGGAUACAUGCUGCACGCAGGCAGACACACACACACACACGCAGACACACACACACACAGACACACACACAGACACACACAGAGACACACACACACAGAGACACACAGAGACACACACACAGACACACACACAGAGACACAGAGACACACACAGAGACACACACAGAGACACACACAGAGACACACGUUUGAAGUUCCCCUUUUCUGAUAAAGAUGUAGACAGAUGUCCCACACACACAGCUCUAUAUAACUCUUCACACAGACAGCAUUUAAAAAGGCCAUUGGUGGCAUAGAGAGAGUUUGAGUUAUAGUGUGAACUCCAUUUGAAGGCCGCGGAAGCCACAAACAGGCCAGUCAAAGUGAUAGGAUGAAAGGCUGCACUCGUCACUACUUGUUGUCAAGCAGCUAUCAUGUUAUAUCACUUUGUUUAGAAUAUCCUGUCAUGUUUAACUUCCUGAGUGAAGGUGAUUGGAUACUUAAAAAAUGAUAUCAACUGUAGUGGACAACAGACAGAGAUCAGAGAGGUACCUGGUGGAGAUGCACAUCAGAGCAACUAUUUGUCACUGAAGUUAGAAUCACACAGUAGAUAUUACCAUUAGGAGUCAGUUAGAAAGGUAAUCAUACAGUAGAUAUUACCAUUAGGAGUCAGUUAGAAAGGUAAUCAUACAGUAGAUAUUACCUUUAGGAGUCAAUUAGAAAGGUAAUCAUACUGUUAGUUAAGAUGGAUGACUGAGUCAACAGACAGGUUAUUGCAUUAAACAAGGUUUUUGAAGAAAACCAGAAUGCAGCAAUGAGGAGAGUGAAGAGUGAGACCCAUUGCUCAGGUAAGAACUAAUAAAUCUAUCACACACACACACACACACUGACAACGACUUACAAAAAUACAUAACACAAAAACUCUGCAGGAAAAUAGAUAAAAGUAUAUAUUUAUAUAUUUUUUUUCUUUAAAAGGACAAUCAGCAGUUGAAACUAAAAGAAAGCGUACUCCCCACCCCUGUUUCGAUAAAUAGCUGAAAUUUAACCACUCUCAGCGCUAGGGAUGACCAUCCAUUAUAUAAAAACUAUAGUUUUGCGGCUAUAUAGUUACUUCAUUUCCAAAUAUUGUAUUAAAACAAGUAUCUAUUUUGGGUUCUGAUGGGGUACAACAGUUAAAGAAACUCAUGAGGCAUUUAUAAAUUAUAUUGUUCAAGAAUCAAUCGUUAAAUAUCAUAAAUGUUUAGGACAUAAACACAUACGUAGCAACUACAGAUUUCACUUUAAACAUGCAAAUAUAUGCUUCUUGAUUUUGAUAUAUUCAGGACUAGCAUAUUACUUGCCAGCCAUUCUACAGCUGGCUGAAGCUCUUUGAUAAGUGUUGCAGUGAUUUCCCUUGCUGUGGUAGCUGCGUUGUAUAAUGUUGAAUCAUCAGCAUACAUUGACACACAGGCUUUACUCAGUGCUAGUGGUAGGUCAUUAGAAAAAAGAGAAAAAAGUUAAGGGCCUAGAAAGCUGCUCUGGGGUAUCCCAGACAACCUGGUUGAUGUUAGAGAGGCUUCCAAUAAGAUAAGCAGAAGGUAAAUAAAGUCCCCUGUAUAUAUUCAAUAUGUUCAUUAGUGAUAUAGAUUUGUAAGAGACAUAUAUAAGAAGGUGUAUGUGUCUGGUGUAUGAGGGUGGAACUUGUGAUAGAAAAAUGUGAUAUUUACCUGAUUUGUUGGAUAUUUAACAGUUAUUUACUUAACAAACAAUAUGACAUUUCUGUCCUGCUAAUGCUGUGUUUUAUGGUCUCCACUCUAGCAUCCUGCAGCUAAUAUGGGCGUUUGGUUUUACUUGAGAUAGCUUGAGCUGACAAUUGAUUGACUUGGUGAUAAAACCUACAGCUAGAAUUCCAGCGACAGGAUGUGGGAUGGUUGUAACUGGGAUAGAGAGGACUAGAACAAAGGCCUCAAUGGUCCUUAGACAUCCUGGCAUCCGGUAAAUUAGGCCAGGGUUGGGGGUUAAGAUAACGCCAGGUGCAAAUAAAGAUAGGAUGAGCCCAAAGUGGCUUAUGGUGCCCCCCAAUCUAUAUGGGAGGGGUGGAACCAAGCAUUCUAGGUAUUCGCUAAAUAAACUGUGCAUUGUCUGUAAAGGAUAAGCUCUCAGCCUAACAGUCAGUCAAGACUGUUGGGCUGACGGUUUCAUUAUUGCAAUAAUUAAUCAAUAUUAAAUACAAUGAUUGUUUAAAGAAAUGACCAAGUGACUCUAAGUACUAAAUUUCCAUGACAAACUUCCCCCAGUAGAGUAGGAAGUUUCUCAGGAAUCAUAGAAAGUUGAAAAGAUGUAGAAAAAGGUGACCAGCUACAGACCAAUUACAACAACCUGACUGAGGAUAGAGACCAGCUACAGACCUGAUACAACAACCUGCUAAUUGACAUGAUGACAAAUAGGAGAGAGUGAAUGUUUGUUUAUUGUAAGAAGUUUAAUUUGUUUAAUUAUUCUAUUGGAAAAUGUAUUUAGAUGUCUUGUUUUCGACCCAAAUCAAUAAACAAAGUAA